CCUUCUCCGCUAUGGCAGAAAGUGAAAAGAAAAAAAAAGUGAAGAUAGCUAAUGUCACUGUCAUUGUCAAUACCAGUUUCCAAUUAUUUUCAUGUCAGUUGGAAAAAAUCGUAAUAGAUAGUAAUUUUAAUAGGAUUAGAAUAUUAGAGAUUGCAAAUUUAUAAUACUUAAAAAAUGUCGGCCGUACGUCUAGGUGGAAGACUAAAGGAGUUGAGAAUUCAUUUGUGUCAGACAAGCUCGCAAUCCGCUGGAGUCAGGGAAUUCAUACAAAAAUCUUAUGUGAGCUUAAAAAAGGCUAAUCCUACCUUUCCAAUUUUAAUUCGUGAAUGCAACGGAAUUCAACCUCGCAUUUGGGCUAGAUAUGAAAAGGGUGAAGAGCGCAGCACUCCAUUAACAAAUAUGAAAGCUGAUGAUGUUCUCAAUGAAGUGCAGAAACUAGCCAAAUGAUUUGUUUUGUUUUAAUUUAAUUAUGUUAAUAAUAAAUAGUACCUAGAAAUAA